AUGGGAAGUCCAGGAAGUCUUGGUACCUACCGCCGUGGCGAUGUGGGACAGCGCGUGAUCAGCAACGCAAGUGCAAAGACACUGGGGGCAUUGUGCCAACAACAGCCGUACACCAUUCAACUUGAGACUCUUGCUUUUGCACCAGGAUUCAGUGUGCUCAAUGACCGGCUUGGCAUAUCUUCAACUGUGAUGGGUGCUGGUGUUUCCUUCAAGUUAUUGGCUCCAGCAGGCGGUCGCAAGGGUUCAAUAGCAUCAGCAGGCCCUCGCCACGUUGAAAUCGUCUUGAAACAUUGCACAGGCAGAACGUGUAUCUCAGAUGAUUUGGACCUCUUCCAGCAAAGCCAGCCUUAUGCCCCAAUCAGGUGCCUUGAUGUGCAUUGGCCUUCUCGGCCAUGUGCGCCUGAUGAUCCAAAAACGGAUCUCAUACAAACCUUGUACCUCUUGAAGUCUCGUAUGCAGCCAUUAGCGUUGCUUGAGUGA